GCCCAUGUGGAUGUUGCAAACUGUCAACAUUGCCUUGCUCACAUCCCAAGCAGGAGGAGAAGCCUCGUUGCUCAACCGCGUCUGAAUAUUUUCCUUUUCCUCGUCGUCCUUGGAAACUACACCUCGCACACUGAUCGAGAUGAAGGUUGUCGGAUCUACCUGCGCCCUGAAGAGCAAGGUCGGCAGCGAGGACGUGGUGCGCUGCCUGUCCGACCAGAGCCUGGCCAUCUCCAAGUGCAAGAUCCCGCUGCUGGACGAGCAAAUGAGCGUCUUCCUGCAGGACAUGAACAGCUGCUACAGCAAGCUGAAGGAGCUCGUGCCCACGCUGCCCACCAACAAGAAGGCCAGCAAAGUGGAGAUCCUGCAGCACGUCAUCGAUUACAUCUGGGACCUGCAGGUCGAGCUGGACGAGCCGGAGAAGAGCCGCCAGCACUCCGCCAGCGGCGUCCCCCGCACACCGCUGACCACCCUGAACGCAGAGCUCGCCAGCAUCUCAGUGGAGAACGGCUGCUCAGAUGACAGGAUUAUGUGCCGCUAAGAGCUCGUGGAGCAUCGCAACGUGAUCCGAACAGCGAGCACCGCCAAGAACGAACAAGGGCUACCUGAUGUGACUUUUCGACCACAUCAUUACAAAACCUUGAACUGUGUAGGGACGUUUCAAACUCCCAAUGCUAGGAAAAAAGAAAAAAAACGUUGUGUGGACAUUCUCCGGCGGCGAGGAUCUCUGCCACUCGCGGCUCUCGAUUCAUCAGAGGGUCCUGGGAGGAGAAAGACCGGUAGUGUCCAGAUCUAGACUGGGUUAGCCGGGGGGACCAAGACAAGUUCAGUGCAGCCAGCAUCGCUCGUUGCUUGUAGAGUUUCUAAAGAAAGCUAAUGUCUCUGUUACGCUCUUUGUAUCUUGUGUAAACCAUGUAGAGAAUUCAACAUUUUGUAAAAGAAAAAAAGUAAAUUUCUCAGAUUCCUGAGCGACAAACUGUAUUGUAUAUUACAAUGCCUCAUUACGUGAAGAUAUUGUUUUCUUACAAUGUACCUUAUUGGUGUUUUUAUUAAAACAAGACAACUAUUUUUGAA